ACCACAAACAUGCAGACACCCCAUGUGAUAUAAAUCACUGCUCAGUAGCAAGCCCACAGCGGAUGCAACAUGCAACCGGAGCCGUCAUCGACAAACCAGAUAUACCCAUGACACAUGUCCGAACUACAGUUAUCAAUCCAGCUGCCGAUAAGAGAUCAGGUGCAGUUUCCUCAGAGACAGGGAUACUCGCAUACGAGAAUCAGAGUCCAUUCUACAACAGGCAAUUUUGUGUGGGAGAGAGCAGCGUGGAGAGUGCCCUUGAAGAGGCUUUAGUGGUGGUUGCUGUGUUGCCACUGGCAACACCCACAAUGCCAGAAGUGAUAGAAAGCAAGAGAGAGCGAGAACAUGAUUCACUGAAAAGUGUAUCCACUGUAGCGAUCGCAGAGAGUGAGAAGGCAGUGGGAGAGAAAGGUUUGGAAGACAUAGAAAAGUGCUUCUUCCCUUUAGACGGAGAGGAAAAGGGACUCCCGGACAGCCUUGCAUUCAUCUGUUCACAGGGAAAAGGUUCCCUUGCAUUCUCCGCCAAAGAGGGACAAGCUGUAUCUGAGGAAAGCUGCAGCAGCAAAAUGCCACACAACUCAGCUGAGGCUGAAACAAAGGGACAGAGAGAGGCGGCUGUUCGCAGUGCAGACAUCUCACCGGCUGAAGAGGGAGACAUAGAAAAGGAGCAUCACCAUUUAGAAGCCUUUGUCAUUACUUCUCCCUUGAGGAUACUCAGUGGUCCGGAUUGUCAGGCGCACAGAGCUGCAGGAUUGGUGGGAGGAGGGGAGGAGGUGGGGGAGAAAAGAGGGCUGGCUAUAGAGCACAGUUCAUUCAGCCAGCCAGAGAGCUCUGCCGGUGGGGUGUCAUCAUCUGAGGCUGAGGCGUGUCCGCUCACCAAUGUUGCCGAGUCACAGCGAAAGUCACACGGCUGGAGGGAGCCGAUUGCUUCCAUCUCUGAAGGCGUCUUCACCGAACAGGACCGUCUCCCUCCCCCCGGACACCAGCAGCAGGAUGGUGCACUAAUUUCAUCUAACCGGCAACAAAGCAGCAAAGAAAACAGAGGGGUAAGGGCUGAUCUCACACAGGACUCAUCCAUCACAGAGACAGAGAGAAACUGCAGCCAAUUCUUCCUGUCUUCCAUCUCACCCCAGCCUCUGACUACUAAACAUCAAAUCACAGCCGAGCGACAAGCGAGCAACGAUCAACAGGUCCAGCCUGAAAGUAGCACAGAAGAAACUUUCCAAGCACAGACCCCGAAUAAUAUUAACGCUAUGUCGGGAGUGGGUGUGUCCUUAUGUGAAGGCAAUAAAGGCAACAACAGAGUUCGCUUUGCAGACACUGUGAAACAAGAAGGCAGUUCCUCUGUGAAUCUCAGGAGCAUGGCUUUGUCGCCUAUGGACUGCGCCUCUUUGCCCCCGCUGACUGUUCAUGAGAGUUUGUACCAUCCCGUGGUUGAGACCAGCUACAUCUUCCCAGAAUUCCUGGUUUUGAAGAAGCCAGAAAUUCCAACAGAUGCAACUCCUGCCAAGGACGAUCUUGCAAAAGUGAGCCUGUCCGACUUUCCAAAGCCACAGAAAGAUGUACAGUCGGAUAAAGGGCAGAUGGGGAUAAAAGUCAACAAGGAGACCAUUAACAGCAACUUCGAGACAAACACAACGGAUUCAAAGUCUGAGGCUUGCUCAAAACAACCUUUAUGUCCGACCGAGAAGAAUGGUGACCUUUCACAUGCAGCAGAAAAUGCCUUCCCUGAGGCCGAUCAUCAUAAAGCUGAGCUGGUGUCAGCAAAUGUGACAAAGCAAUUAGAGGCGGAAACACGCAAGGAUGCCUUAAAUCUGUGUUUAUCAGCUGAGAAAGAAACAGACAAGCUACAUGCUGAGUCUAAAAACUCAGUUACGACUGUCCCGCCUCAGGAGUCACAAGUCAUAAGUGAUGAAGGUAACCAACAUGCUCUUAUCUCAUGUUCUGUGCCUCCAGCUGAUGAUGUCACCUCUGAGCUUCUUGUUGGGCAGCUCUCUGCAGACCCUGACCCCUUUCUUCAGACACAGCCUAGUGACCUCAGUUAUCAGCCUCCCAUCCAAUUAGAUCAAACCCCUCCUCUUGGACUACUCACUACUGAUCCCAUUGAGGCCACUGAGGGGUCCAUUAUCCCCUCUGCUGCUCAGACAAAGAAUGAAUCAGCAGCUUCAGUAGUGACAGCCUCUGACCAGUCAAUUCCUGUUAUCGAGCAAUGUGUCGGUAACUCUUUUGUGCUGCGGCCCCGUGGCCCUUUGUUGAGUCACAUGGAGUUAAUUUCUGACUGUCAUAUCUCUCUUCCUGAGCAGACAGAUAACAGCGGCGCUUACGGUGACAGCGCCAAAGUCUCUAGAGAGGAAGAUGGCAGGGUAAUAACUAAACUGUCUGUUGCAAAGGAUCUGGAGCAUAACGAUGUCGGCGUUAAAGUAGACAAGGUUUGUCCGAAGCUGGAGGAUAAAAAUCACAUAAUGGAGUCUGCAAUUAUAAAUGUAAAUAUUCCAUUUUCACAAGAAAACAAUGUGUCUCCUCUUCAGCCUCCUGGUGUAGUGGGUGUGCUGGCAAAGGAUGGGUCUGAUAAUGUAAUUUCUCAAUCCCACAUUAAACCUGUUAUUUGUGAAGCAUCUAUUAAGGAUGACCUAAUUUAUGUCAGCUCUGACCUGCCUACCAACAAGGCUUGCGAUCAAAUUAAACAAGAAGACAUGAAAGAGAAAAUGGAAGAUCAGACCUCCGUGCUGUUUGCAGAGGAAAAGAAAAAAACUGAAGAGGCAACAAUGGAUAAUCAAAAGGAAACAGCAGACAGGAGCACAGUGCAGAUAGGAGAGAGAGGCACAGCACUGCAACAGGGUAAUGGGCCAGAUACAGAAGCUGUGGAAGAAAUUCGAGACCUGCAGCCACCGCAUAAACAUAAAAUACAAAAGACUGAAUCGCUAAUAGGGGAUAUAAAGGAGGAAGGAGAAGGGAAGAGCCAGACUUCCUCCUUGUCUCCCAACAGACCUGUGGGGUCAUCUGAAGACAGAUUAAGUGCUGAGGUAGAGUUUGGUAGUGAACCUCAGACUGUUUAUGAGCAGAGUUUGCUCCAAACUCCGACAGCAACACUGGAACACAGCUCUGACAGGGACAAGGCACCUGACCAAUCGCAGUCCACACUGGAGCCAAACAGUUUUGCUCAGCAACAGCAGCGGCUUCUCAGAUCCAGACAACCCACAGAGGAUUUGUCAGGUGGCUGUCUAAAGGGAGGAGAACAGACUAACAGUAAGGCCAGGCAGACCCUAGCGAUGGCUCCCGGGGUGAGAGAGGGAGCAGAGGGAGGACACGGCUCUGUUAUGAGUUUGUGUCAGUCAGGAAGAGGGGAUGAGUUGACAGAUGACGACAGCAGUGGCAAUGAACGUGGGAUAGAUUUGGAGAAAGGAAAGGGGGAGGGUGCAGUAGAGGUCGACAGCGUUUAUGUGCCAUCUCACCCAGCCAGUGAUGUAAAUGAGAGUGGAAAGGCUGCUCAGAGAAAUGCGUUGACUGACACCACAGCUCUCUCUCAUAUAGGUGAGACGAGACAGGGGAUGGAUGAGAAUAAAAGCCCUGCGUUAGAGGUAGUUGGGUCGGGUACAGACACUGAGGUUGUGAGGGAUCUUUAUGGUGAAGGUCAGCAGAAAAGCAAUCUAUCAGCUGCCUGUCAAGACCAACAUGAAAAACCAGAGACUUCAAAGGACAAUGCUGUAUCUGUUGAGUCUUCAUCACAGGAACAUGAGACUGCACCUUUCCAAAUCUGUGUUCCAUCAAAGGUCAGCACAGACAGUCAAUGCAUUCACACAACAGUUGUUCCAAGCGCAAGCAAAGCUGAAGAAAUUCAUACAAUAAUAUCCAGUGCUAUGGUUGUGCAACCAGAAAGUGUGGGAAAUGAUUUUAGCCGUGUCCUGGCUGUAACUAGUGAAACGGAGGAGUGUGAAAUUCAGGAUACUGCGUGCAAGCCUCUCGAGCUACAGAGUUCCAUAACAACGUCAGCCAUACAAAGCAGCUCGGUAGUACAAACAGGCCCUGAUGUAGAGGAGAUCACAAAGGAAGAUAAAGCAGCUUUGGACGAAGAGAAAGUUAACAGCCAGGGAAAGGGACAAAGCGAGAUCAAAGCGACGAACCAUGAGGCAGUGAAAGAACAGGAGGUCAUAAAUCAAACUAGAAUUGCUAAAGGCAGUGGCUCAAUUGGUGUUUCUAAGGCAACAGAAAAGGGUAUAACAGAUACAAAUACUUCUGGAGAUAUCACAGCUUCAUCUGUUGUUUCGUCAAAGAGCCCGGAAGCAUCAACAGUUACCCAGUCAGAGAAGCCUCGUGAUCAGGUGUCAAAGCCCGGAGAUCAUACUGCGGUACACCCCAUUGUUGCUGCUCCCCACUGUGAAGGAGAAACACUUGUUGAACAUGUGUGUUCGAGCGCAGAGGCUGCAGAGGUUUCAGAGAGACAACCAGAAACAAACUGGAUACAAGCUCUAAAAGAAGCUGCAUCCCAUACUCAGAGUAAACAAGAGACCUUAAGACCCUUCCCAUUUCUGGAGUCUCCACAACUAGAGUUUCUAACACCAGCUGAAGAGAUAGCUGCUCCUCCGAAAGAGGACGAGAUCCCACCACCGGCUCAAGCUGUGGAGAAGACAACUGAGAUCCCCCCUCUGAACCUUGAGAAGAAGCCAGUGGAUCUCCCUGAACCUUUAAAGAAGCCAGUGGAUUUUCCUGAACCUUUAAAGAAGCCAGUGGAUCUCCCUGAACCUUUAAAGAAGCCAGUGGAUCUCCCUGAACCUUUAAAGAAGCCAGUGGAUCUUCCUGAACCUUUAAAGAAGCCAGUGGAUCUCCCUGAACCUUUAAAGAAGCCAGUGGAUCUUCCUGAACCUUUAAAGAAGCCAGUGGAUCUCCCUGAACCUUUAAAGAAGCCAGUGGAUCUUCCUGAACCUUUAAAGAAGCCAGUGGAUCUCCCUGAACCUUUAAAGAAGCCAGUGGAUCUUCCUGAACCUUUAAAGAAGCCAGUGGAUCUUCCUGAACCUUUCAAGAAGCCAGUGGAUCUCCCUGAACCUUUAAAGAAGCCAGUGGAUCUCCCUGAACCUUUAAAGAAGCCAGUGGAUCUUCCUGAACCUUUAAAGAAGCCAGUGGAUCUUCCUGAACCUUUAAAGAAGCCAGUGGAUCUCCCUGAACCUUUAAAGAAGCCAGUGGAUCUUCCUGAACCUUUAAAGAAGCCAGUGGAUCUUCCUGAACCUUUCAAGAAGCCAGUGGAUCUCCCUGAACCUUUCAAGAAGCCAGUGGAUCUUCCUGAACCUUUAAAUAAGCCAGUAGAGCUCCCAGAACCAAUACAGCUUACAAAAGUAAAUCUCCAACAAGAGGCAAAGAAAGUAGAGCUCUCAGAAGAAACGAGGAAAGUAGAGCUCUCAGAAGAAACGAGGAAAGUAGAGCUCUCAGAAGAAACGAGGAAAGUAGAGCUCUCUGAACCAACCAAGAAAGACGAAGAGCCUCCAAAAGAGCUCCCUGAGCCUAAAAGUGAGCCAGUUACUUCAGAAAUAGCUAAGGAGCCAGCUGAACUUGAAGAACCAAUAAAGCCCAUAGAAGAGCUGCCAAAGCCAACGAAAUAUGAGGACCCAGAACCAACAAAGACUGCAACGGAGCCACCAAAACCAGAAAAGAAGCUGAUCAGUGAGCUGCCAGCAGAGGAGCUAGUGGAAGACCUGGCGGAGAUCCUACCUGAGGAGCCAAUAAAAGUGCCAGCUGAAGAAACAACAGCCACAGAGGCCGUCCAGGAUCCUGCUGAGGAGCCGCAGGACAGUGGGUCCUCCCUCACUGAGCAGGCAGAGAGAGGUGACCGUGCCCCUGCGUCUCCCCAACCUCCUGCAUCCGAAAACCACUUCCUGCCCGCCCUCCCUCAUCACCUCCAAGACACCACAGAGUUCCCCACUCCUCCUCCCACACCCCCGGAGAGACACUCACCUGAAGGAACUCCACCUGCUUCUCCCUGCUUUCCUCCCCCUCCUCCUCCAGCCCUUGCCUCCCCUCCUGUAGCUCCUGUUUCCCAGAGUGAGGACCCUUGCCCUGCCUCUGAACCCUGCCACCCUCCUUUAAGGAGUUCAGACUCUGAUGGGGCGUUUGAGACCCCUGAAGCCACAACUCCAGUGAAGACUGUUCAUCCUAUAGAUCCCCAAACCCAGCAAACAUCCAAUGAAAAAGUAGCAGACUCCUCAGUCAGUGAUCCUGCCUCUGAGUUGCCCUCAGCUGAUGCAACAUGCCAUUCCCCGUGUACUGUAUUUGAUGAGGACCGGCCCAUUGCAGCCAGUGGCCAAUACAACAUUGAGGUUUCUGCUCUUACCCGUUCACUCAGCCUCCAAGGAGGAGAACUAGACAGUGCUGGUCUGUCGGACGGAUCAUCGGUGGAAGGCUUCCGUCUACAUUCUGAAUCCUUUAGCGUAGGUACAGAGAGCGCACCAGGGACGCUCCGCAGGCCCAAGAAAGUCCGUUCUGGGUCUUUGAAGAAGAAGCCUCUUCUCAGGCAGAACUCCAACCCAGAGAGUCCGAGGCCAGCCUCAUCCAGCAGCACCACGGAGAUCAAGAACCGGGCAACACCUCGUACUGCCAGCCCUCUCCAGCCUCAGGAGGAAGCCGAGGGAGGGUCUGCAACCCCGAGCCCCGGAGGAACCCUCCGCAGAACCAGGAAGAACCGUGUGGAGACUCCACCUCCCCUGCCGGAGGAGACCAAUCAUACGAGCCAAGAGGAGAGCCUUAUUAUCCCUGCCUUACCUUUGUGCCAGGAGGAGAUCCCUCUCCCGGGCAGUCCAGCAGGUAGAGACGAAUCCCCCAUCCCCCCUACUACCUCCUACAAAUGGGAUCCAGAUAAUUUUGAGAGCAUUGACCCAUUCAAUACUGGAGGAAGUAAAGUUGCCAAUUCCCCCGUUCUUGGUCGUAAAGGUCCUGUGUGUGCUCCUAUAGCCCCCCCUCCAGAGAGUCCCUCUGUAUCUGCUGUGGAGCCGUGUCCACCAGCUCCUCUUGAAAAGUCGAUCACAAACCCUGAAGAGCAACCCAUCGUCCCCAACCGUCAGUCAGUAAGGCUGGAGUUUGACUACUCUGAGGAGGGCUGUGAGGCGACCCCUCCCCCGCCUAAGAAAUUGGGCAAGAAGCCUGGUGGGAAGAUGCCUCUGAGGAAACCAAGGCUGGGGCUGAAGAAAGCCCCUCCGGUUAAGACGGAGCAGCUGGACAACGAUCUUACAGCAACACACAAUGGCAACGAGGAGGAUAUCCCUGUUCCUGCAGUCUCUUACAAGUUUGACUCUGACAAGUGGGAAGAUCCCAACUUCAACCCAUUUACUACUAAGAAAGGCAUCCCCAACUCACCCAAACUAUCAAGACCCUCCUUUGACUCCAAUAACUUUGAUGACUCUGCAGACCCUUUCAAAUCGUCCAAUAAGAUGGCCGACUCCCCUCCUACGGCCUCCGCCUCCUUUGAACUGUCAUCCAAUGACUUUGACAAUGAAAUUGACAAUGACAACAUUGGGGAACUGGAGGACCAAAAUCUAAACAAACCUGCCAAGAAGAAGAAAACUCCUAUCAAAUCUAACACUUUCAGAGUGAAGAGGUCGCCAAAGAAAUCCUCAUCUGAGCCAUCCGAGGAUCCUACACCAGAUGAAACUCCCUCCCUCCACCCACAGGACGACCACGCCACAGAUGAGGAGAAGCUGGCUUCCUCCACUAGUCAUAAGUGGGCAGCCCUACACAACGUGGAUGCAGAUUUGAAUUCUGAGCAGCAAGACUUCCCUCAGCCGAGCGACCUUUCGUCCUUUGUUAACGAGAACAGUCUUCCUGAUCAGACUCCAGUGCAAGACUAUGAGAUUGAGUAUAUGGAGAAGCUUGGCUCCGCUUCCCCCCCACUGUCUGUGAAGAAGCCGUCUUUGUACCUGAAGUUAGACUCCAUUUCUGACAACUUACCCAAGAAUAAGUGCGCAAAUGGAUCUGAACCCAGCUCCCCCUGCACUGGCAGUUUUGAGGAGAUGGAGGCCCAGAUAACAGCGGGUAUGAAGACACCGGUGCUGAGCUCCCGGUCUGGUCCAGAUGGCUCUGCUGGGGAAAAGGGCAGAAAGAGAGAGAACAAGGCGCUCAGCCGAACACAGAGCACAGAGAGGGAUGAGCAGCCCCUUAGCCUGGGCCCUGUGGAGGCCCCUGCUCCUGUCCUGCCCAUGCCCCUGUUAGACAGGCUGUCUGAGUGUGACGACCUCCUGCAGUACCUGGAGCCCAACCUGGCUGAGACCAACCCGACAGCAUUCGCUCAAAAACUACAGGAGGAACUGGUGCUUGCUGCCCUGAGGAUAGAGGCUCUGCAGAUAGCCAAAAACAUCUCACAGUGCCCCUCCCUCUCCACUGUAAACCCCCAGCACAGAGACAUCUCGUCUGCGGUAGAUAGCGGUGUGUCCAAGGACUCGCUGUACACCAGGACCAGCACCAACUACAUCGAGGGGGAGAGUCCCCACCUCCCCAAAGAACUGGACCACUCGCUGGGAAUUGCACGAGAAGAGAUUGUGACAAAGGAGAAAGAAGUGCUGGAAUGGCAGAGAAAGUAUGAAGACAGCCGACAGGAAGUGAUGGAGAUGAGGAGGAUUGUUGCUGAGUAUGAAAGGACGAUUGCACAGAUGAUAGGCAUGCCAGAGGAUGACCAGAAAGAGAAGUCUCUGUCCCACCACACCAUCCAGCAGCUGAUCAUGGAGAAGGACCAGGCCUUGUCCGACCUCAACUCUGUGGAAAAGUCUCUUGCCGACCUCUUCAGACGUUACGAGAAAAUGAAAGAUGUACUGGAGGGCUUCCGCAAGAAUGAGGAGGUUCUCAAGAAAUGUGCUCAGGAGUAUCUGUGCAGGGUCCGCAAGGAGGAGCAGCGCUAUCAAGCCCUGAAGAUUCAUGCAGAGGAGAAACUAGACAGGGCGAAUUCUGACAUAGCUCAUGUACGUGCCAAGGCCAUGCAGGAGCAGGCUGCCCAUCAGGCCAGUCUGAGGAAGGAGCAGAUGAAGGUGGACUCCCUGGAGCGCACCUUGGAGCAAAAGAACAAAGAGAUCGAGGAGUUAACAAAGAUCUGCGACGAGCUGAUCUCCAAGAUGGGGAGGAGUUAGCGACCACAUUGCCAAAUCCCACAGAGAAGAAGACCAGUUGUGGGAAAUAAACGACCUGGAAAAUGAAGCUGAUCCGUUGUUUUUACAACUCUUACCAAGGACUGAUGGACAUUAAGGCUAAAACGGCCAAAAGGGUUCAGUUCCUUCCUACUGAUGUUGUGUAUCCACGAUCCACAGGAAUGGCGUUCUCCUUUUAACUCUGUACAUUUUGAUGUGUCGGUGUAUCGUUCUGUAUCAUGGGUCUGGUUUCAAGAAUAUGUAACAUAUCACUUAUGAGCGUGUCUGUGCGUGUGAGUGCGUGUAUGAUAAUGAGAAAGCAAGAUCAUUGUUUGUGAUUUAAAUUAUCUAUAAUGAUGUUGCCAUGACAGCCACUGAGGGAGAAGACUGUUUACCCAUUCCUGUUGUUUUCUCCUCUUGAUAAGAGAGAAAGAUAGACUUUGAAAAACAGAUUUAGAUUCAUUUAUAAAAUGUUGAUACACCACCAAGAGAACACAAACUAUCCCAAUAGCUUACUGCAUGUGGGAGAGAACCUGUAUUGUUAUGUUUGUAUAUAUUGUAGGAAAUUCCAAAUAUAAAAAAAGAUUCUUCUGCAUUUUUGAUAGUUAUUCUGUCAUCCUCGGCCCACUCUCCUCAUGUCACCUUGUAGAUAUUUGUCAUACUUGUAAUAGCUUCCUUGACUAUUUUUUGGGAUUUUAUUUUGAUAUAAAGCAAACUAAUCGUGACCUUAUUAAGUUGUGAGCAGGAGUCAUUUAAUUUUUUUAUGGAUAUGUCCUAGUUCUGCUACGGCCGUUUUGUCACACUGAGGAGUAACUUCUGCACAGUUGCUGUACAGCAUCUGCUUACAAAGUGCAAUAAAAGAUGGCAAUACA